UUUUGUUCUUUGGUACAUGCUCUGGCAGCAGGACCCUGAGUUAUUUGAGAAGCUUCAUUUAGAAUUUAACCUCUUGUUUGUUUUGAUGCAGGAAGCUACACUUUUUAAAGAAGAAGGUUAGCUUUUAUCUUGUUCUUUGCUUGGUGGUGACAUGAGCAGGUUUCACACACUCCUGAGUGCUGAACGGGUCUGACAUCUGAAAACGACAAUGAAGUUACACCUGAGGAUCAUCAUCUUUUUAUUAGUGAUCGUCUCAUCUGCUGCUGUAAAGUUGAAGAGUCACCAGUCAGGCAUUAAGGGAGGAUCCAUCACUUUUCCUGACCCUUUGGAGAAUGGACUUCUUUUAUUUGAAAGAAGUAGCAUUGCUGAAGUGAAGGACAAAAAAAUAGAUAUAUUGGAGGAACCUUUCAAGGACAGACUUUUAUGGAACAACAAAACUGGUCUUUUCACAAUCAGAGGACUAAAGCGGAAUGACUCUGGUGUUUAUAGUAUUGACCCUAAAAAAGGAUUUAGUUCCAAAAGAAGUCAUAAACUCACUGUAUAUGAGUCUGUAGCAGCUCCUGCAGUGGAAGCUGUGAACGUGAGCGCAGAGAGCUGCUCCUUUCUGUGUUUGGUGAAUAAGACUGAAGAGACGACUCUGCUGUGGUACAAAGACGAGGAAAUAAUCAACCAGAGCAGCUCUGCUCUCUCACUGCCUCUCACUGUACACAGACAUGAUGACACAUCAUCUUAUAGAUGUGUGGCAGCCAACCCUGCUGAAAAUAAGACUCUUCAAGUCGAUGUUAGGAACAUCUGUGUGGGACUUAACUCAGGCAGCAAGAGUGACCCCAACACUGGACGCUGUGGCAGUAACACACAGUCCUGGUUGUUCCUGACUCCUGUGUUGGUGUUUUGGGUUACUUUUGCUGUUUGCAUCCUUUUGACAAACAUGAAAAGAAAGCGAAAGAGAGAGACUGACGGCUGAUCUACAAUCAUAUGCAAACAGUCGUGAAAUGUGAGGAAGCUCCAGACUGAGGUUUGUGUAGCUGCCAUGACAUCCUGCAGUGCUUUGUGAAAAAUAUCAAAGAAGGGGAAGAGAGUUGAAAACUGGAUUAAAAAAAAUUGCCCCACACAAAUCAGACUGCAAUUGCCUUGAAUACUGUAUGUUCACUUAAAGCUCUUGUUUUGUGCCUGACAGGCUCAGAAGUCAGAGAGAGAGAGAGAGAGAGAGAGAGAGAGAGAGAGAGAGAGCAAGCAAUCAAGCUUUUUGUCAUUGUUAGACCACUUCAGUUUAAAAGACUGAAAUUUUUCCUGGCGCAUUUUUCCUUUAUUUGUUGUAGAAAAUGUGAUAUUUACAAUCCUGCAGGGAGGUGCAUUAUAGUUUUGCAGGUACAGACAUCAUUUAUAGAAUUAUUAAAAAAACAACAAUAAGUCAAUCUUUUCAGGAAACAUGAACUCCAAAGAAAGUUUUUUCAAUGGAUUUAGCAAUUGCACAUGUUUUGAUAUUGAUUGCAGGUAGUAAGGAGAUAAUAAUACAUUUUAUAAGUCUGUUUCCUGUAGUCACAGUCAGUACACACUCUGCAAUAACAAAACAAACAAACAGAUGAAAAGUACUCUAACCAGAGACUCUGUCUGACAAACCACAUGAAACAAACAGAUUUUUUUUAUAUUUUAUAUAAAUAUGUGCAGUGUUGAGGAGUGGUUUCAGUAUCUAAUGACCCACAACAUGUUUCUGAUGGUGUCUUUUCACAGUGCAGUGAAACAGCGCUCUCUUGUGUCACCUUUCAUCAUUACAUCUGCACCCACUGUUUUAGACCUUCUCUUGACGAAUGUAAUAUUGAUGUAUGUACCAAAAAACAAUAUAAAUAAAGUAAGAAAGCUCA